AUGAUGUUGGCUGUUCUGGUUCAUUUUGAAUUGGAUCAUAAUGUAGAAGAAAUUGGAACUAUGAGAACCAUUUUAGCAGCUAAAGAACCUAUUGUUGGGGCUGAAAUUGGAAAUGCACUUGGGAUGACUGAUGUGAUUCAUAACUUAGUCCAGAAUGAAGUAUCUUUACCAUCUAGAGAUGAUGCUUUCAUUGACGCUGAACAAGGUCCUAAAUUACCUGCUUACGAUCCACCCGGAAUGCCCUUUUAUUUAGAUAUUGGAGAUCUCGACAAAUUUGUUGUCACUGGUAGGGGAUCUCCUACAAGGAUAGACUUUUGGAGUGAAAAUAGUGCUGGUAUUCGCAAGCAUAUGCUAUUCAAUGACAAAGAGCAAUUGAUGAUGGCAGUCCGGCUUUGGUUUAUGGAGCAAUGUCGCGAGUUUCAAGUUCAAGAGAGUCGAAGUACAACAUGGAAAUUGAUUCCAGAGCAUACUUACACUUCAACGGCAUCAUCAAAUGAUCAUAGGCAUCUUCAAUCGAGGAUCAUUGCUCGCAGAAUUGUGCAUUUUAUUAAAGAAAAUGCACUUGCUAGUGUCAAGCAAGUUCAAGCUCAUGUUAAAAAAACUUUACAUUAUGAUGUGUCAUACAAGAAAGCAUGGAUUGCUCGAUGUAAAGCCAUUGAAAUGGUCUUUGGUGACUGGCCAACCUCAUUCACAAAGCUACUUAAGUUUAUGGCAGCUAUAGUAUAUUAUAACUCUGGUACUAUUGUUGUUUGGGAACACCGCCCAUACUGUUUAGAAAAUUUGAAGACAUUUGGCUAUAUGUUCUGGGCAUUCAGGCCAGCAAUUGAUGGUUUUUUGUGUAUAUCUCAGUUCAUAACUUUUGAUGAUUACAAAACAAUUGGAUGCUACUAA